AUGGCAAUGGAAAUUAGUAGCAUAAUUUUUCGGUUGAGUUUAGUUCUAGUAUUGUUAAGUGGAAUUCUAAGGUCAACAGGCCGGAGUGUCCCAGGGUGUGAAGAUGAGACUAAAGCUUUGGUAGACCUUUGUGCAAAGUAUGUACUGAAGACAGGACGUCAUGAUGUUCGACCAGCGAAGAAUUGUUGUGCUUUGGUCAGGGAGGUUGAUGUAAAUUGUAUUUAUACUUAUGCCACUGAAGAAGUCGCAAAACUCAUUAGCAUGCAUAAGGUUUUCUAUGUUGCUGCUACUUGUGGCAGAAAACUUCCUCAUAUGAAAAAAUGUGGAAGUAUUAGAAUCGGUUCGGGGUAA